AAAAAUACCUUGGAAGGUUUUUUUUUUCUUUGAGCUGUGAGUCAUCGCUAAGGUUUUUUCAUUUUUCCUUCAACAGAAUGCUCUUUAUUAUAAUACUCGAAGUUGGCUUUUACCCAGGUUGAUAUAAAAGGAAUAGUCCAUCUCUCAAGUAGUUAUAGUUCUCAUGUUCCUCACUGGCCUUCAGGGCGGACUAUUUUGGGCCUUUGCCGUUAUUUACCGAAUAUAUCUCCAGGCAUUCCCUGAGCGCUCUUCGUACCGUUCUUGCGAUUGUAACAUAACAAACAUACUUCGUAAUCAUUUUUUCAAAGCCUGCCACUCUUCACCAUGUUCCACCCCCGGUUGGCCGGCAUUGUCCCGCGCCUGAAUGCCUCUGUUCCAGUGUCGCUCCUCCUCAUAUACGUAUUAUGUCUAUCACCAAUAUUCCUCCUCGUGUACUUUGGACACAAAAGUCGUCGCGCAGCAGCCCGAAAACCUAAGGGAUGCCGAAAAUUGGGCUUAUAUGAUUUCUCAAAUCUUAAGGAUGAAGACAACUACCGUGCUGACGGGAGGCCGAAACGAAGCAAGCAGAGCGAUGCGGGGAAAGGAAGAAUCCGGGUAAAGGCUCUGUUGGCGUAUCCGAUCAAGAGCUGUGCCGGAGUCGAGUUCAAUAUCGCCGAUUUUGAGAGUACCGGAAUGGCAUAUGACCGACAAUUUUGUUUUGCGGAAUAUGUAAACUCUCCGGCAUCAGGCACAGCGGAAUCGGAAGGAAAGAAACAUGACGAUAAACCAGUAGGGAAAUGGGUGUUCCGCACGUUGCGUGACUUGAAAUAUGGCAAAUUAGCCUUAGUCCGGCCGGAGAUCUGGGUUCCUGAUCCUUCAUCGCCCACUUACUCACCAAAACGCCCGGAGGUGCGCUCAAAGGGCGUUCUGGUGAUAAACUACCCUCGCGUCCCAGGCGGCACUAGGCUCAAAUGUCUCCUUUUAUCAUUCGGAAUGAGACUGGGCCUCUGCUCUCGCGAAGAAUCCUUUCAGAUACCACUCAGCCCUCCGGCAUCGGCCAUUAAAGCUGGCACCUAUCCAUCUCGCUCCGUGCGCAUCUGGAAGGACACUCCUAUGGCCAUCGACUAUGGCAAACACAUCCCACCAUCCCUUCUCGCCUUUAUCGGCCCCUCAAGACCCAUGACUCUCUUCCGCAUCGAUCCGGACCACCAUCGGAAAGUUUUCCGCGGCGCGCCUAGCAAGGAGGUUCUGGGUUUCCAGGCCACCACAGGCUUCGCGGACUCAUUCCCGGUCCACAUGCUGGGCCUGGGGAGCGUUCGCGAGAUAGAUGCACGCACUAAGUACGCCAUUCCCAACUUAUCAAUACGUCGGUUCCGGCCCAACAUCAUUCUCGAGGGUAGUGCGGCGUUUGAGGAGGACGAUUGGAAGCGAGUGCGGUUCAUCCCGCGGAAUGACAAGCAGAUGCUGGGCAGCCAAGUGGCGGAGGAGGCUGGGAAGAGAGAAGGACAGAACGGAACUUUAGCAGACGAUAGUCAAAGCCGUUCUAGUAAGAAUGGAGAUGAGGGAGUUGAAAUGUAUAUCUCGUGUCGGACUAUGCGGUGCAGAUUGCCAAACGUGGACCCGAACACGGGACUGAGGCACCCCGUUGAGCCAGAUAAGACUCUGAAGAGCUUCCGGUGCAUUGACGCUGGAGAUCCGAAUAAUGCGUGUUUGGGGAUGCAAUGCGUUCCAGCCGUUGAGGAAUUCACACUUCGCGUCGGAGAUGAGCUCAAGGUUCUCGAAAAGGGCGAGCAUUUCUAUCUUAAAAUGGGGUAGGAGUAAGAAAUAUGUACAUGAGCAAAAACCUGGCAGUUCUGUUGAGCAUACUGCAUCGUCGCAUAGUGUUUAGGGAGGUUAUGUAUGAUACCAUCCAUAUAUAUUUCCAGUUCGUAUUUGUACUGCCUUGGGAAAAAAGGAAAUAGAAAUAGAAAUGAGUGCGGAUAUUCGGAAGGGGUGUUUUGCUUGGCCAAUGGCGUUAUAUACCACUUGUCCGCUUCAACGUUCAAAAGUCGAAAAUAGAGGUGGAUAGAUAUGUAUUCUACAGAUUAAGCUGAAUGAUAUCAUUGACAUAGUUCUCAUGGACUGUUAUGCCGGAGGAGAAGCUCUCCCAAAGCGUAUACACAAUGCAAAGGUUUGCUGUGUAGAACCAAACUCUGUCCGUAGAUAUGCAAUUAAGUCGUGAUUCCCCUUAUAAACCCCAAAGUCGAGAGAAUGGCAUAUUUGUAUGAUAAAAC